GUGCACUGUGUCCCUCAGACACAGCGGAUCACCAAUCAUGGUAAGAGCCAAAGAUGUCAGCUCGGUCAUCUGAUCAGCUGUGUCCAAUCACAGCUGACCACAUGGGACAUGUACACUGAACAUCAGGGCACUGAUGAUCAGUGUGCCCUGAUGACCAGUGUAGCCCCAGCAGUGCCACCUGUCAGUGUCCAUCAGUGCCACGUGCCGGUGCCCAUCAAUGCCACAUAUCAGUGCAUACCAGUGCACAUCAAUGCCACAUAUCAGUGCCCAUCUGAGCUGCCUUUCAGUGUCACCCAUCAGUGCCAGUCAGUGCCACCUAUCAAUGCCAAUCAGUGCCACCUUUCAGUGCUACCAAUCAGUGCCACCUAUUAGUGCCAGUCAGUGCUGCCUAUCAGUGCCAUAUAUCAGUGCCAUGUAUCAGUGCUUCCUUUCAGUGCCCAUCAGUGAUGCCUGUCAAUGCCCAUCAGUG